UCAUCCCACAAUCGUUUGCAUUGGAUAUGAAAAUAUAAUGCAGUAAUUGGACCUAAUUAUCAUAUAAUGCAGUAAUUGGGUUAAAACCCAUGUUUGGGAGAGAAAAAUGGUAUGGAAAUUGGACUAUGAAAAUUGGCUUCAAUUACCACAUUCAUGGUAAUUGAGAAUACUACACCUCCCCUAGUAAUUUGACAUUACCACGUUUUCUUAUUUCUUUUUCCAAAUUCCACACCAUCAAUUCCCACAAAAGUAAACCCUAUCCAAACAUGAAUUUUUUUUCAAUUUCCACAAGUCAAUUUCUUGGUUUUGUACAACAUGAAAAUUCAGACAAAUUUCAACAUUUUAGAAUUUACACAUCCAAACGACCCCUUAAGUAUUUAGAUGUAAUAUUUGGAACCAAAUACUAUAUCAUGUAGUUUUUUUUAUGUAUGUGAUAUAUUAUAUAGUAUUUAAACCAAAUAACAUAUUAAAUAUGCAAUAUUUGGUAUGUGUUAUUCUCUAAAUACAAUAAAUUUAUGUUUAAUAAAUAUUAUGAUGGGGGCUUUUAUUCUCCUCAAGUCCCGGAGCGCGUUAGACAUUUCAUCUGGUUGGUUCUGCUUCAUCGCAUCAAUACCAACAAAAGACGGUUCGACAGACACAUUGCUCCUAAUCCGUUCUGUCCAAGCUACGAUAACGUGCUGGAGACUGAGCUACACAUUCUGAGGGACUUCCCCACUUCCCUCUUCUUCUGGACACGAGAGGUGCCAGCAAAUAGCUUGGUAGAUUUUCUGUUAGCAGACCUCGAUCACUGGGUUCGCACGAACAUCCUCAACACAGAGGCGGACAGGAACAGAGUUCCGUGGGCAUCAAGCUUCAGCAUCGCCCUGUGGACGAUUUGGAAGAACAUAAAUGAGGGCGCUUUCUGUGGUGGUAAUAAGUUACUCCCCCCCCCCCCCUUUUCUUUGCGGCAUGCUAUCCAUCUCAAGGUUCAUAUCUGGCAUUCGGCAUGGAUGGCUCCCUCUCCUUUGUUGCUUCGGGGCAGUCUUAAGCCGAACCGUGUCGUGACCGAUAUAGGAUGGGUGGCGCCACCUAGAGGAUGGUGUAAGCUUAACGUUGACGGAGCCUCCCAAGGGAACCUUAGGAAAGCCGCAACAGGAGGAGUCUUCAGAGAUGAUCAACAACGAUGGUUGGGUGGUUUCUGCUAUUCCAUUGGAGACUGCUCGGCGGCCUGCGCCGAGUUGUGGGCAAUCAAGCAAGGGCUCGAGAUGGCUUGGAAGAGAGGUCUCAGACUUCUAAUUGUUGAGUCUGAUUCCCGGCUAGCUAUUGAUUUGAUCAGCAUAGAGUGGAUCAUGUCCACCCUUUGGCCUCUCUUCUGAGAUCUAUUCGCAGGUUGGUGGCGGAGGACUGGUUGGUCAACAUAGUACAUACUUACCGUGAAGAGAAUAGAGUCGCGGACUGGCUCUCGAAGUACGGUCUCGUCUAUCUCCAUGGUAUGUAUGAACUGGUUGACCCGCCGACCCCCUUGAGACCCAUUUUGCAGGACGACGAGAGAGGUGUUGUUUUACCUCGGAGUGUUGUCCAAACUCCCCAGAUUCACCUGUAACCCCUUUCUUCUUUGUUCUUGGCUUGCGCCUCCAACCAAUAAUAAAAAAAAAAAACUAUCCAAUACUUGUCCUACUUUUGCAACUAAUUCUCGUUCAUAUAGUAUUGUUAAAACGAUGUAUAAAUCUCCAUAUGUACACCUAAAGACCUUUCUGCCCAUCUCAUGUGUCAAUUUGCUGUGAAAAUAUUGGCCAAAAUACUGGCAAAUAAAAUAAGUCAUGCACUUCUUUCUGUGAUUUAAUUAGUCUGCAUUUGUUAAAGAUAGAAGGAUUAUUAUGGACAACAUGUUGAUGGCACAAGAGAUGGUGAUUGGAUAUAACAAGAUCAUGUUAUCUUCUACCCAAAAAAAAAAAAAAGAUGUCGUGAAAGCCUUCGAUCUAGUGCAAUGACAGUACUUGUUCACUAUGACGAGAAUAAUGAAGUUCUCAGCCAUCUAUAUAAACUAGAUUAUGACUUGUGUGGGGACAAAUAGGUAUAAUAUCAAUGUUAAUGGGGUUUGUAUGGUUUUUUUUUUUUUCUGUUAAACAAGGGGUAAGAUAGGGUGAUUCCUUGUCGUCUUACCUCUUCCCAAUAGCUAUGGAAAGGCUUUCUGGAUUGUUGAAUUAUGCUGCUAUAAAUGGACAAUUGUUAUAGCAACCAAUGUGCGAGAAGGUGCAACUCUCUUAACUUUCUUUUGCAAAUGAACUCUUAAUUUCUAUCGACAGGUCUGCUCAGUCAAUAGGGAAAGUUUUUCAAGCUAAUUUCUAUAGAAGUUCUAUAGUCUUUCUAACCUCAAAUGCAACCCACAUAAAUGUGAGAUUUACUUUGGAGGUGAGUCUAGAAAAUUCAAGAAGAUAACUCUUCAUCAAUCUGGAUUCCAAGAGGGAAAGCUCAUGUCAGAUACUUAGAUUUAUCAUCGAUUAUUCAGAAAUCCUCACAAAAGGAGUGUGAUAUUUUGAUUGACAAACUUACUCGGAGGAUAAAAUCUUGGCAAGCAAAACAAACUUACAUAUGCUCGUAGGUUGCAACUAAUCUCCUCAAUCCUUAUGGGCAUCAUCCAAUAUUGGUUACAUGUUUUCAUGCUACCAAAAAAGGUUAUCAAGCAAGUGAAAGGUUGUGUUCUGACUUCCUAUGGCAUGGGACUGAGUCUGGGAAGGCUAAUGUUUGCUUAGGAGAAGGUGGUUAAACCUAAAAAGGAUGGAGGAUUGGGAUUGAUAGACUUAAUUACCUGAAACAAGACAUGUGCUACAAGGUAAAUAUGACUCUUGGGUACUACAAGCUGGUAUGGGAUCGUUGGCCUCGUUGAAGGCUUACAAAUGCAGGAGUGGAGAUGUUUGGACAAUGAAAAUCAUGCAAGAAGUUUCUGCCUUUCUAGAGUUGGAAACAAGCUGAAGCAAGUCAUUUUUUCCUUCAUCCACCACAAAAUGAGUGAUCGCAAACUUAAAUCAAAUUCGCAUAAAACCUCACUCCUAAGUCCUGUUAUUCUCCAUGGGUAAUUUAAAUUAUCGUUUUUGCCCAUUUCUGAACUAUUUUUGUUGGACCGAUAUGCCCCUCUUGGGUAACCGAGCUUGCUUCUGCUUUCUUUCACUAAAAAAGAGCGGUGGCCGGACGGAGGCAACGCUGGCGGUGACAGUUGUGUAAAAGGGAAAAGAGGAUAUAAAGUACUUUUGGUUGU